AUGGUGAAUAAAAUGAUGGGAAAUUGUGGGACUUGUUUGUUGGGGAAAGUGCUGAAGUGUAGCUAUCAUAAAGGGGAGAAUUAUUUGGAAAUAGUCAUUGACGUAUGGAGCUUAGCUAUACCGAAAGUAGUCUUGCUUUUGGGGCUAAAGCAUAUGACGGCAAUGACGAUUGAUAUGGGGUUUGUUGUGGAGGUGCAGGUGAAGGAGUUGUUGGAGAAAUUGAUUGGCGCAAUGAGGAUUGCGUCGCUGACAUUUAUGGAGACGCCAGCCAUGGCAGCGAAGAAGGCAGAGUCAGUGGGGAAGGGGACAGCGAAGGUAAACGAUGGGACAGAUUGA